AUGGGUACCGUUUUCCGUCUGCCUGAUUCCGGGGUGCCCCAACAGAUCGACUUGCGUCUGCCGAUUUCUAUGCUGGUCUGUUACAUCACAGCCGUACUUUGCGCUGUUGGACAUCACAUCCUAAAUCUUUGUCUGCAUGGGAAGCCGGUGGAAGAGCUCUCGAUCAAUCAGCAAUGGGUGGCUCGAAGCGGAAAUGCAUUAGCUUACAUGGUCAAAGUGCUGCUGGUCCUGGCCACAGGUACCGCUUAUUGCCAAUGCAUCUGGCAGAAGGUGAAAGAGAGACCUAUCAGGAUCGGACAUUUCGAUACCUUGUUUGGAGUUCUGGAUAAUGUCUUCGAACUACGGCGGUUGCGAUUCUGGGUGCAGAGGCCUACAUUGGCUCUGACUGUGCUUAUUCUCUGGUCACUGCCUCUAGUAGCCAUCAUUACCCCCGGCACACUAUCGGUGGUGGACAAACCUACCACCCAACCAGCUGUCAUCUCUGUACAGCAACGUGAAUACGGACGUGGUUUAUAUGCUGCGUCAGUGCUUGCGGACAACGGCACCGUCAUCUAUGGGGGUGCUAGAUCAUACUUGAAAGGCCCAACGAUGGCUAGUCUGGUCGAAACAGAAAUACUAUCUGUCGGACAUUCUGCAACUAACCUGACCUACAGUCUCGACUUUUAUGGCCCGGCGGUCAAAUGUACAAAAGCUGGAGAUCAAUUGACAGAAAAUUUGGCAAGUAUCAUCACUCAAUAUGAAAGCACCAACAAGAGCACAGUUGUGUUCGAUACGUGGGUGCCGAAACCCAACAGCAAUUCGAGUCAGGCGAUCGUCGAUGGGGCGAUUAUCCUCGACUCGGACAAAAACCGAGAUCUACGGAUCCUCGACCAAACCUCGACUGAUGCCACUACAAUAUACUAUACCCUCGCCCCUCCACCAUCCUCUGACACAUCAGCAGAUGCUCCAAUAUAUGUCAUCCAAUGUUCUCUGUACAAUGCUUCAUGGCAUCUCAAUUUUGAUGUCCGAAGCACCGGAGAGCAAACCCUGACCCCAUCCAUCACAUUUGAAAAUUGGAUGCCUGGCUGGAGUAGCAUAAACCCACCCCUCAAGAACGGUACAGAAACUGACACCAUUUUCGACUAUGCUGGACUGAUGGAGACCUUCGGUGCCGUCACCACCGGAAGACUGGAGGUACCUGGUGACCCAAACUUACCAUUCGUACAAACUUCGAUUGCCUUGGAGACAAGCCCAGUCCUCUUCGCAGACGCAACACCUGCACCCUUCACGGACGGGGCAAUGAUAACACUUCAACGUACACUGGAACAGACAUUCACGAAUAUGACAUUGUCCGCUAGAUAUGGUGUACUUCCCCGACAAGAUCUUAGAGGCGACACUCCCUUGUUGAGCUUGGUCGAUGUCGAUGCCAAUUCCACAUUCACGCGCAAUGUAUACGACUAUAAGUCUCGCGACCUGAUUAUUUCCUAUACCCUGGCCGUCGUCUGGAGCACUGUUUGCAUACUACUCGCCGUUCGCGCCAUACGAGACAUGGGCGCCGUCUACUCCAACAAUUUUUCAACUGUAGUACGUGUCACCAGAGGACAGACGCGUCUGGAUCAUUUGAUCGUCGAUGAAAAUGAUAGAAGCGGAGCGGAGCCAUUACCCAAACGCGUUGCUGAUGCUUAUAUUUGGGUCGGGAAGGAGCAAAAGAUGGGCAUGGGCAUAGGACGAGGGAGAGUUGGGACGGAGAACUCGGUGCGCUCUGAAAAGUCUACAAGAAGAUGGUGGGGUAGGCAAAAGGUAAUGGACCUGGAAACUCCGCCUGAGAAAGACAGCACCAAUGUGUUGGCAAAGGAGAUAAGAGGUGCUCCUGUUGGUAAUUGGAUAUGA